GCGUUCACUCCGUCGCGCUGUCAGCUACAGUGUGUGUGUAUACACACAGCCGUGUGCGUUGUGUGUACAGUAUCUGCGGAGAUUUGUACCAGUGCACCGUAUCGCGUACUCCCGCAACUGAUUCCACAUCACACGAAAUGGGAAUGGUAUGGCGUCUGCUAUUGCCGUUCCGCUGUAAAAUCGAGACAACACAGUGAAACGCCAGUUCAGUGAACAUGUUUGGGGGUUUUCUCGUGGAGCAGACUAGAUGACAAGUCAGAGUUGACUGUGCAGGCGAAUGACAUUUCAAAAUGCCGGCUUACGGGUAGUUUAAAAUCGCCUGUUGCCUGAACUUAGCGCGAAUUUUCACUGCAGCUGUUUGUUUACCGGAGACCUGCCAAGAUCUGCUGCUGUUGUUGCACCGCCUGGUGAGUCAGCGCUCUCGGCGUUCUUGUCCUCUGAUGUCUCUGUGUACGGGCCGUAGAUUAGCCCGCCAGAAUUUGAGUUGGGUUUUUGACCAGGUGCUUGGCACACCAAGUCCGAGAAGGUCCGCCACGAUCUGCGUGUUUGCUGGGUGUAGGCCUGGCUGAAAACCACUUGAAAUUUCUUGCCACCAGGUUCAUCCCGCAGAGGGAGGUGAGGGCCGGCAGCACAUCAUGGCUGCAGCCUGGCUACCGUUUGCCCGGGCGGCGGCGAUCGGGUGGGUGCCCAUCGCCCCCAAUGCCAUGCCCGUAGCUCCAGAGCGGCACACCACUGCCAAUGAAGGUGGCCGCAUUGUCCUCAACAUCAGUGGCCGCCGCUUUGAAACCUGGCGGCACAUGCUGGAGAAAUACCCGGAUACCCUUCUGGGAAGCAAUGAGAAGGAAUUCUUCUAUGACGAAGAUUCUGGGGAAUACUUCUUUGAUAGGGACCCAGAUUUGUUCCGCCACAUCCUGGCAUUCUAUCGCACAGGACGCAUGCACCUCCCCCGGGAGGAGUGCAUCAACUCCUUUGAUGAGGAGCUGGCAUUUUUCGGAGUCAUGCCUGAAAUUAUUGGGGACUGCUGCUACGAGGACUACCGCGACAGGAAGCGAGAGAAUGCAGAGCGUCUCAUGGACGAGAGAAGCUCGGAAAUGGGUGAUGCCCCAGACUUGCACACGUUAAGGGAGAAGAUGUGGAGAGCAUUUGAGAACCCACAUACGGGUACCGGAGCGCUUGUCUUCUACUAUGUGACAGGGUUUUUUAUCGCAGUCUCUGUCCUUGCCAAUGUCGUUGAAACGAUACCAUGUUCUCCAUUUCCUGGUACUGUAGAGGAUGUCCCAUGUGGGGAGAGAUACCAUGAUGCCUUCUUUUGCCUGGAUACAGCAUGUGUGUUGAUCUUUACCGUAGAGUAUAUACUGAGAGCCUAUGCUGCUCCAGAUCGGUGCAAAUUCAUGCGGAGCGUCAUGUGUGUUAUAGACGUGGUGGCCAUCAUGCCCUAUUAUGUAGGGCUCAUGUUCAACAGCGACAGUUUAAGCGGCAUGUUCACGACACUCCGAGUGUUCCGAGUCGUUAGAAUUUUCAAAUUCUCCAGACACUCGCAGGGGUUACGCAUCUUAGGGUACACCCUUAAAAGCUGUGCAAGUGAACUUGGAUUUUUGGUGUUUUCUCUGGCGAUGGCCAUUAUAAUAUUCGCCACCAUCAUGUACUAUGCGGAGAGAAGCGUGGAAAAUACUGACUUUUUCAGCAUUCCUGCCGCCUUCUGGUAUACAAUUGUUACAAUGACAACACUUGGUUAUGGAGACAUCGUACCGCAUACAGAAAUAGGCAAGAUAGUUGGAGGAUUGUGUGCUCUGAGUGGUGUGCUGGUCAUCGCUCUGCCCGUUCCCGUCAUUGUCUCCAACUUCAGUCGAAUAUACCACCAAAGCCAGAGAGCUGACAAGCGAAAGGCGCAAAGGAAAGCUAGACUUGCCAGGAUUCGACUCGCCAAGAACGCUAGCGGGAAUGCCUUUGUCUCACGCAAAAAGGAGGCGGACAGAUUAGCAGAGAGUGGUUGCAGUCUGGAAGACCUGACCAGCAAGUACAGUGCCUACGAGUCUCAGCAUCACCACUUGCUUAGCUGUCUGGAGAAGACCACGACCUGGUAUGACGGACUGUCCGAGGCUGAGCCCAUGGUGAGAACGGACCAGUCGGCCGACUUCACGACACAGCGUGGCUCAAUGAAAAAUCCCGAUUUUGGUUUAGGAGCUCUUGAAGCUGCAUCUUUGAUGAAACAGGUCAAGCACUAGCUACCUGUGAGCUGGCUGCGUCAUAAUUUUGUUAUAAAUUGAAGGUGUCGGUUACCGGGGAAUGCAGAGACUGUGGCCCGCAGGCCUUUUGGCAGUGAUUACCGCAUUGCGGUCACAUCUAAAAAAUGUUGCUGGCAAACUUUGGCUGAAUACUGUGUAACGUAAUAAAUUCAACCUGACUGAGAAAUGGGGAGGGGGAAGAACAGAGUGUGCAUGUGUGCAUCAUUUAUGUAGGUCAACUAGCUGUUCCAUAUGAAAUGGUCUGCCUCUUGUUUUUUGGCUUGCUUCUACAGUAGUUUCAAUACCAACAUGCUAAUGUGAGGUUUAGAUGGUCUUGAUUUGUUCAAGUUCAGUAAGCGAGUGAUCACUAAAA